AUGGAGGACGAAGCUGACCACCCCAAUCCACUUGAUGCUCCUCUCUUUUUCGCACCACCUGCGGCACGCGAGCUAGAGCUUCACACUCGACUGGGCUUCGACUGUCUCGAGACGACACUCGAGAUCAAACCUGCCCUGGGUGAAGAGUGCAAGACGCUGGGUAUCAGCAGCCACAACAACCACCUGACUCCCGAUGUCAUCCGUGAGGGCGGUGAUGAUUGGAUAGAUUUCUACUGGACCAUGGUCGACUUGGUAAUCCCAGGCGAAAGCACAAUCACCGACCCCAGAAAUCCUGAGGCGAAUCGGAAAUGGUCAAAUGCAAAUUUCAAUGCUACACUGUUCAUAGAGCGGUUUUUCGUUCCUGGUGACGAUAUGCCAAUCUACGAUAUCAACAAUGAUGGAUUCCAAGUCUGGCUGCAAGAGUGGAGGGCAGCGGCUGGUGCGCAAGCUUAUGGGCCAGGAGAGACAGAAGGCAACGCCGUACCCUCCAGAGCAGAAGUAGCCGCCUACAAGAACCAGCGUGAGCGGCAUAACCUCAAUCUCGAAAGGGGAUUUGGUACGCAAACUGGCGUCAGUUUUGAACUCCUAAUCAUGUGGGACUUCAACGCAGCUGCACCAGAAGGAGAAUUUACCAUUCCUAGAGUGUCUGCGGCGAACAUACGCUUCCUCUUCGAUGUCGUCGAGUCUUUCCCCGAACAACAUCGUGAUCGUCUGACGGUGCAUUUCGUCUUCAAAGAUAUCCGCAAAGGUCGCUACACUCAUGACGCCAGCUCAAAGCGCAAGUAUGACCACGAUACCAGGCUUGGUCGUGUAUGGACAGCGAUUAUCCACUCAGCUAUAGCGAGAGCAAAGAAGUUAACACUGGACUACGAAUUGCAAGGACUUGAACCAGAUUACGAUGCUAUAUUGCCUAAGAAAUGGGUGCUUGCCAAUGCGGUCAAAAGAGAUAUGCAAAGGACUUGGGGCAAGUUGGCAUGCUUGGAUAGAGGAAUGUUGAAGUUCAUGAUGUUUGACGCAUUCAAAGAGUCAAGGCUUCUAAGGAGACAGGACCCUGAUGUCAUGGAGUGGUUGAGACAAGCUUGA